CGGCGGGAAGUGAAUACAUCGCUGCGGAACAUGGCUGCUAAGCGUGGAGCUCUAGUGGUGUUGGAGGGAAUAGAUCGAUCCGGGAAAAGCACCCAGUGCAGGAAGCUACAACAGGCUCUGCGGGCGGAGGGCUAUGCCACGGAGGUCUUGCAAUUCCCGGACAGAAGCACCGAAAUCGGCGGCCUGAUCAGCUCCUACCUGGAGAAGACGAGUAAUAUCGAGGAUCACACUGUGCAUCUGCUGUUUGCUGCCAACAGAUGGGAACGAAUGCCACACAUUAAAGAAAAAUUACAACAAGGGGUCACUCUCAUUGUGGAUAGAUAUGCAUUUUCUGGAGUUGCAUUCACUAGUGCGAAACCAGAUUUCAGAUUGGAAUGGUGCAAACAACCAGACAUAGGUAUUCCAAAGCCUGAUGUAAUCCUGUUUCUUCAUCUUCACCCUUUGACGGCUGUGAAGCGAGGGGGCUAUGGCAAUGAGCGGUAUGAAAACAUUACCUUCCAGGAGUCAGUACUUAAGCAGUUUGAAGAGUUGAUGAAAGAUGAGACCUUAAACUGGAAGAAGUUAGAUGCUUCUCAAAGUGUUGAAGAUUUACACCAGGAAAUACUGUCUCAGGUGAAGAAAACCAUCAGUAAAGUUGGUGAGGAGCCUAUCGGAGAACUCUGGAAAUAAAAUGCUUCUUCCUGCACAGAGGGUGAGAUUUGGGAGAGUGGAAAUGAAAGAGAUCAUUGCACCCACUUUGUAUUCAAUUCUGUGUUCAUCCAUUUGCAUGUAUUCUUAAAUCAGCUGCUGUGGAAAUUCAAGUUUCUGCAUUCAAGCGGAAUGUUCAAAGAGGUCAGUUCAGCCCCUUUUUCUGAAAAGUAGUCAUUAGUAAUAUAUUAGCAAAAUAAAACUGUUUAUAAUUUGGUCACCAGUCUCCUUCAUUUACUUGAGUCAUCCUGAUUGUUCGGAUGAAAGCUACUUCACAUCUGGAUCUGAUGACCUUCAAUCAUUCAGAUUCCCAGCAUUGGAUCCCACAGAGCAAGGAGGAGCAGGUGCCCUGCCAAAUUGGGGAAAUAAGCCUUUUCCUCUUUCCAGCGUCAGUGACCUCGAGCCCCUUCCUUCUCCCUCUUCCUAUGGUCUUCCCCCGAGCCAGUGUUGCUUGUGAAACAUAAACCAUCUUUCGCACAGAAAAAAAAUGGCAGUGACUAUUGCUGUUCCUGAGAUGGGUAGAGAUUAGUUGUCUGGUUCUAGUCAUCAGCCUGGGGGAAAACAAAUCUGUAUCCACCCUGUCAUAGUUUGUAAGAAUGUUGUAAGUUUCAGUGAGAUCCCCUCAUUCUUAAAACUCCAGAGAAUACAGUCACCAAGGCUUAUAGUACUUGCUCCAUCAAAAUUUGAAUUUCUCUUCUGCAAAUUCAGCAGUGCUAAAUUUCAAAUCUGAGAUUAGAUUUUUUGCUAAUCAAAAGCAAGGAGGUUAUGGGCAAAAGCAAGAAUAUGGCGUUUGAUCCCUGAUCAGAUAACAGUUGAUUGAGUGGCAGAACAGGUUUAACAGGCUAAAUGACUUGCAUCUGUUCAACUGUUUCUUGAGUGGUGGACUCAGUGUUUUGCUCUGCAUUUAGCCUUACUGACUCACAGCAGCAUCUACUAUGAACAACUCCUCACAGCCGUGUUUAUUUCCCCCUCCUCCCCAUCCAAAGACAGAGUCGUUCAGCCCAUUGAUUCUACCAUACCAUUCUAGAUCUCCAUGCCAUUUGCCUGCUCUUGAUUGUUUAAUUUUAUUUGCCUCCAGAAAUCUAUUAAUUCCAUCUCAAACUUGCUGAAUGACUGGCUGAGUUUCCACAGCUCUGAGGUAGAGAAUUCACCAUCUUUUUAGUGAAUUAAUUUCUACUCAUCUCAGUUUUAAAAGGUCCGCCAUUAUGCUGUGAUUAUGUCCCUUCAUUCUAAAGUCACCAGCCAGUUGUAACAUGAUGCUGUGUUCUGGUAUAAUAAUUGUUCAUAUUGUAAAGUGUGGUUACAUUUUGUGCAGAUGGUGGUAGCUCACGUUGUGUCACUUCAAUACUUUGCACUAAAUUGGUAAUCAGUGGCACACAAGAUUGCAAGUUACAUUCAUGGGAUGUACAGGUCUUUGACAAAUAACUGACUACACCUUGAAACUAAUUAUUGUGAUAAAGUGUUCGAUUUAUAUAAAAAAUAUAUUUCAGUAUCACUUAUUUUAAGAGUUUGGAUUAGCAGCAUGAUCUUGGUCUAUGUGGAUGAGGGGAUUUAGUGAUUAACGAGUAUUUGGAAUUUUUUUUCAAAAAACAAAUGUAUAGAUUCCCUUGAGUGAUAAUUGGAAUUUGUUUGUAUUGCAAGAGUUUCAUGAGUAAACAUUGAAAAGCAUUAACUCAGAAGGAUCAGGAUUUGAUUUUUUUCUGCUUCGGGAAAAACAAAACUUGAAGCGUUUGUUUCAGUUCAGAAAUACUGGUUGAAAAGGAAGGAAAGGAAUUAGUUCAAGAAAGUUUGAAACUUUCAAAUGCAAUCCUUUACACUGAUGUAACCGGUUUCCUGAGCAGACAUAUUUGGUUAGAAUACUGAAGGGGUUAUUCGAAGCUGAGAAUGGCUGAGGAACUCAUAGAAUCAUAGAAUCCCUACAGUGCGGAAACAGGCCCUUCGGCCCAACAAGUCAACGCCGAACCUUGUCGCAUCCCACCCAGACCUAUCCUCCUAUAACCCAAUUAAGCUACACAUCCCUGAACACUACGGGCAAUUUAGCAUGGCCAAUCCACCUAACCUGCACAUCUUUGGACUGUGGGAGGAAACUGGAGCACCUGGAGGAAACCCACACACAGUCGGCUGAGGGUGGAAUUGAACCUGGGUCCCUGGCGCUGUGAGGCAGCAGUGCUAACUACUGAGCCACCGUGCCGCCCCUCAACUCAGUUGUAUGAAAGGUCAAGGAAAUUGAAAAGAACAGUUAGGUGAAGCCUAGAGAUGUGAUUGUGAAAGGAAUUCUCUAGUAUUUUAGCACUGCAAAUGCAUACUGAUGGGAUAAAUAGAAUAUUGUACUUCUAACUGUUUCAAAAAUCUUUCAAAUGAUCAAACAAAUAGCUUGGCUUACUCUAUUUUAGAUCUUUUCUUCUGUGAAAUAGAGAGUUAUUGUUAAAACUAAAACUCCAGCAAUGUCAGUGUUUCAGUGAAAGAGCUUAUUAAAUAAAAAUAAAUAAUCUAUCAAGCCAA